AUGCCCACGGUGAACCUCAACCGCGAUGGACUCUUCACCAAGCUCGGUAAAACGUUCACCGAGAGCGAGUUCGACGAGCUGUGCUUCGAGUUCGGCAUCGAGCUCGACGAGGUGACGACGGAGAGCGCCAUGCAGAGUAAAUUCCUGGGUCAGGACACCACGGAUGGUACGACGCACAAGUCGGAGAAAAGCGAGACGGCGAGCGACGAUAUCAUCUAUAAGAUUGAUAUCCCGGCGAAUCGAUACGAUUUACUGUGCAUGGAGGGGAUCGCGCGGGCGCUGAACGUGUUCAGAGGGACGACGCCGACGCCGACGUUUCGCCUGAGAGAACCUGCGAGCGGGACGCGGGAGGUGAUGCGGGUGAAAUCGAGCGCGAUGUUGGUGCGACCGUUCGUGGUGUGUGCCGUUUUGCGUGGGGUGACGUUUACGAAGGAGCGGUACGAGUCAUUCAUCGAUUUGCAGGAUAAGUUGCAUCAGAAUAUUUGUCGAAGGCGGAGCCUGGUGGCCAUCGGGACGCAUGAUUUGGGGAAGAUUAAGGGACCGUUCACGUACGAGGCGCAGAUUCCGGAGGAGAUUGAGUUCACGCCGCUGAAGCAGGAUCGGUCGUUCAACGCGCGAGAGUUGAUGGAGUUUUAUAAGGGGGAUCAAAAGUUGAAGCACUUUUUGCACAUCAUCGAAGACAGCGUGGUGUUCCCGGUCGUUCGGGAUAGCGAGGGCACGGUGCUGUCGCUGCCGCCCAUCAUCAACGGCGCGAAGUCAGCCAUCACGCUGGACACCACGGACGUGUUCAUCGAGUGCACGGCGACGGAUCUGAACAAGGCAAAGAUCGUUUUGAACACCAUGGUGACCAUGUUCAGCGAGUACUGCGCGGAACCCUUCUGCGUCGAGCCGGUGGAAGUGGUAGAUUGCACGGGUAAGGAGACGACGUAUCCAGAUUUUAUGACGCGUUUUGUCGACGCGGACGUCGAUUACAUCAACAAGCGCAUUGGGACGUCGAUCGAUCGCAAGACCAUGGCGGCGCUGUUGUGCAAAAUGCAACUCCAGACAAAGCUCGGGGCGGAUGAAAAGACGCUUCGAGUCGAAGUACCGCCGACGCGCUCGGAUAUUUUGCACCCAUGUGACAUCGCUGAAGACGUCGCCAUCGCGCAUGGGUACAACAACAUUGCGCGCACUGUACCAAAGGCGUACACCAUUGCGUCCGCGCAACCCAUCAACAAGUUUUCAGACGCCGUUCGAGACGAGGUCGCUCGCAGUGGGUUUAGCGAAUUGCUGACGUGGAUUCUGUGCUCGCACGAUGACAACUUUGCAAAUGUGCUCAGGGAGGACAACGGCAAUAGCGCGGCGAUCGUUGCCAACCCGUCCAGCUUAGACGUACAGGUAGCUCGAAGCAGCCUCCUUCCAGGCGCGCUGAAGGCUUUGGGCGCCAACAAGGACGCGCCGCUUCCGGCGAAGUUGUUCGAGGUUGGUGAUGUCGUCGUUUUAGAUCCCACCGCCGACGUCGGGGCGCGCAACUCUCGGCGACUGCUGGUUCUCUAUAGCAAUGUUCACAGCGGUUUCGAGGUUGUCCAGGGCGUGCUUGACCGAGUGAUGCAAGUCGUCGGAAUCGCGAAGUUCGACGGGUCGGACUUUGGCUAUCAACUCGAGGCGUCGAGCGAGCCGACAUACUUUCCGGGCAGACAGGCGUACAUUAUGCGCGAGGGCAAGAGGAUCGGUGUCUUUGGCAUCGUGCACCCGGAUGUGUGCGCCAAGUUUGAUAUCGUCAGUCCGACUUCGAUUCUUGAACUCGAUCUAGAACCACUCAUGCCGACGCUCAAAAAGGCGUAA